GACCCCCCUCCCCGCCGCAGGAGCCAUGGGCCGGUAGGAGCAUCCCGGAGGGACGCGGCGCUGGACAUGGAGCCGGCGGCGCGGGCGAGCGGGGACAUCCUGAGGCGGAACCCGCAGCAGGACUACGAGCUGAUCCAGCGGGUCGGGAGCGGCACCUACGGCGACGUGUACAAGGCUAGAAAUCUUCAUACAGGAGAACUGGCUGCUGUAAAAAUAAUCAAGUUAGAGCCUGGGGAUGACUUUUCACUGAUACAGCAAGAAAUAUAUAUGGUCAAGGAAUGCAAACAUUGCAACAUAGUCGCCUAUUUCGGGAGCUAUCUCAGCCGUGAGAAGCUGUGGAUAUGCAUGGAAUACUGCGGUGGGGGAUCCCUCCAGGAUAUUUACCACGUGACAGGACCUCUGUCAGAGUUACAAAUUGCAUAUGUGUGCAGAGAAACUUUACAGGGUCUUGCUUAUUUGCAUAUGAAGGGCAAAAUGCACAGAGACAUAAAGGGUGCAAAUAUUCUCCUGACAGACCAUGGGGAUGUCAAAUUAGCUGACUUUGGGGUAGCAGCAAAAAUAACAGCCACCAUUGCGAAGAGGAAAUCCUUUAUUGGCACCCCUUACUGGAUGGCCCCCGAGGUGGCAGCAGUGGAGAAGAACGGGGGGUACAACCAGCUGUGCGACAUCUGGGCCGUGGGGAUCACGGCCAUCGAGCUGGCAGAGCUCCAGCCACCCAUGUUCGACCUCCACCCCAUGAGGGCUCUGUUUCUAAUGUCAAAAAGUAAUUUUCAGCCGCCAAAGCUAAAGGAAAAAGCAAAAUGGUCAGCAACAUUCCAUAAUUUUGUCAAAAUAGCACUUACCAAAAAUCCAAAGAAGAGGCCAACAGCAGACAGACUCCUCUCUCAUAGCUUUGUGGGGCAGCCUGGUCUGUCAAGGUCUUUGGCAGUUGAGCUGCUGGACAAAGUCAACAACCCCGACAACCACACACACUACGGUGAAGUCGACGAUGAUGAUUUUGAGCCUCACUCCGUCAUCCGCCACACCAUCCGCUCCACCAACAGGAACAUCAGGGCAGAGAGAACAGCAUCAGAGAUAAACUUUGAUAAGCUGCAAUUUGAGCCCCCUCUUCGGAAAGAAACAGAAGCUCGGGAUGAAAUGGUUGUGGCAGCUGGCAGUGACUUUGCUUCACACUGGAAUCCUUUUGUUGAUGGUGGAAGCAGCAAGGGACUGCUCACAAAAUUUGGCGAUGGGAGUGAAGAUGUUGAAGAGUCAACACUAAAGCGAGCGGGGCCACCUCCCCUGCCUCCCAAGCCGAGAAUAAACAGUUAUCCCGAGGAAAACCUCCCAGAUGAUGAGAGAUGCCAGACAAUAAAACAUUUCCCAGACUCACAGAACAGAGCCCCACCAGCCCACAGGAGACAGAGUAUCCCAGUUUGUGGGCCUCAGGCUGAUUCCAACCCCAUUGGAAUGACCAGCAGCAUCAGCAGCCCUGGAUUGCUCACAGCCAGAUACAGCGACCUGGGCAAUGGGAAUGGGAUGCUGAAACUCAUCGAGGAAAACGUGGAAGGAUCCGGACAAAUCCCUCAGCUCCCACGGAAAAAGGAGAAAAGAGAUUUCCCUAAACCAGCCAUCAAUGGUUUGCCUCCGACUCCGAAGGUGCUGAUGGGAGCAUGUUUUUCCAAAGUCUUCGAUGGUUGUCCUUUGAAGAUCAACUGUGCAACAUCGUGGAUACAUCCAGAUACAAAAGACCAGUACAUCAUCUUUGGCACAGAAGAAGGGAUCUAUACUUUGAAUUUGAAUGAACUUCACGAGGCAACAAUGGAACAGUUAUUCCCCCGAAAAUGCACCUGGCUGUAUGUUAUCAACAACACCUUGAUGUCCUUGUCAGAAGGGAAAACGUUCCAGCUCUACUCCCAUAACUUAAUAGCUUUGUUUGAACAAGCCAAAAAAACAGGAUUAGCUGCUCAUAUUCAAACCCACAGAUUUCCUGACAAAAUAUUACCAAGGAAAUUUGCCUUAACGACCAAGAUCCCUGACACAAAAGGCUGCCACAAAUGCUGUAUAGUACGAAAUCCAUACACAGGCCAUAAGUACCUUUGUGGUGCGUUGCAGUCUGGAAUUGUUCUACUCCAGUGGUAUGAGCCAAUGCAGAAAUUCAUGUUAAUAAAGCACUUUGAUUUCCCCCUGCCAAGCCCCCUGAAUGUGUUUGAGAUGCUGGUGAUCCCGGAGCAGGAGUAUCCCAUGGUGUGUGUGGCCAUCAGCAAGGGCUCGGAGCCAAACCAGGUCGUGCAGUUUGAGACAAUCAACCUGAACUCGGCGUCCUCGUGGUUCACAGAGAUCGGGGCAGGCAAUCAGCAGCUGGAUGCCAUUCACGUGACACAGCUGGAAAGGGACACUGUCCUGGUCUGCCUGGACAAAUUUGUGAAAAUAGUGAAUUUACAAGGGAAACUGAAGUCAAGCAAGAAAUUGGCCUCUGAGCUGAGCUUUGAUUUCUGCAUCGAGUCAGUGGUGUGCCUUCAGGACAGCGUGCUGGCCUUCUGGAAACAUGGAAUGCAGGGCAAGAGCUUUAAGUCAGAUGAAGUGACCCAGGAGAUAUCCGAUGAAACCAGGGUUUUCCGCUUGCUGGGGUCAGACAGAGUGGUUGUGUUGGAGAGCAGGCCCACGGAGAACCCUCAGGCUCACAGCAACCUCUACAUCCUGGCUGGACACGAAAACAGUUACUGAACAACACCCACCCAACACAAGUAACGGAGGGAAUUUGCCUCAGGAGGAACAAAGGAGCGUUAGGAAACCGGAACUUGCCGUUUCUUUCCUUGACACCGAAGUCGUGCUGGUUUUUUAGGGUGGGAAUCAAUCCAUUUUUGCAGCUGGGAACAGCUGGUUCUGUCUCUUGCCACUGUGUGGUUGGUUAUAUGGAGUUUGCUUAAUAAAAGCUGAGAUAAAGAGCCCUUUACUCGUUAGUUGUAGGGAAACAGAGCCUUGAAACAUGUUAUGCAGUAAAGGUGCCAUAAACUGUUAAAUAUUUUUCUUCCCUUGGAUUUUCCUGUUAGUCUGUAGAUAUAGAUCUAGUGCUGGCUGUUGCCCUGUUUUAUACUGAGUCUUAUUCUUAAUAAAACAAAAGAUUUGUGUAGGAA